CGAGUUAGCUAAAGCAAACGUCUUUAAACUAUAAAAAGGGCCUAUGUUGGUAUUUUGAUAGUUUUUUUUUAUUGCCAUACGAAUGUUAUAUUUACACAGUUUUAUGGCGACAUAUCUCCUUCUUGCUGAUGAAAGCGCCACUUUGAUAGCGUCCAUGGGUUAUUAUAACUCGGCCUGUUGGAUGUGAUAUUUAUUCUAGAGGGGGACAAUAGGCUCGUUGAGUCGCCGGCAUUGUAUCUCGAUUUCGCCCUUUCGGGACAAACUAACCGUGUCGAAAGUAUGUAUGAACGACGCGCACUUUUCAACAAAGUUCAUUUAUGCAACAAGCUCUCGUUUUUGUAAGACGACAAAGACGAUUAAAUGCAGAAAUACGUGGUGACCUAUGUAAGGUAUGGGUACCGAUUUACAUCACAAACCUCGGUGCUUGCCAGCCGGCUUUGUUGGUCAGUUUGAGAGAAUAGAGGAUGAAUUGUUAUUACCUACCGGUAACUGCUCGUUAACUCAGCCGAAUUGCGAUGUUGUAGCUGACAAGUUGGAAUCUGGCAGCCCACAUAAAAGCUUAAAUUUAAGCACAUUGAGCCUGGUUGAAACAAUAGAAUACAAUUUCUUGCAUCGAAACUCGGAAAAUGGCUUUGCGAUGGGAUCGGGCGUGAGUACGAGUAGAAAAGCAAUUUUGACACAGAAUAAUGAUACAGAAGAUGACGUUGUUGUCGACAAUGAAAGACCCCCAUCAGUCGAGGUUUGCGCUGAUCCCGGAUUAGAAGAGGCAGAAGGCAUAGCGCAUGCACAGAUAUUAACAGAAAUCAACUCUACAUUUGAUGCAGGCAUUACGUCCAUAGACAAUAAUAUGGAAAAUAUUGAUUCGACUGGAUUUGCUAACAUACUCGAAGAGUACAAGUUUUCUGGAGGGUCAAGCAAAACCCAACAAACAAAAAAUCAAAAAACUCGAUUGGGACAACUUCCCAAAUCAGAUCAACCGAAGCUCAGUGGCCUAAACUUAACACUAACCGGACUGAAGGCCAAACCAGUCAACAGAAUGAGUGGUAUAACACCGCGUGGUUUAUUGUCACGUGAUAGAUCCCAACGAGCGAGGAACCCGAAUGUCAUGAAAUCUAUGGAGGAAAGGCUCAGCACUGCACGCAAUAAUAGUAAACGCCCUGGUUGGAAUCAAAACUUCAUAAAUAAAGAUAAGUCAAGUACAGCCAAACCAACAAGGUUUAGAAAGCCCCCGAGAAAAUUGAAUAUCCUUGCAGCUAUUAAACCGAGCAAUCUCGAUAAGGAGAAGGAGAAAUUUUUUUCAUCUAAUUUCACAAUAAAUCCUCAAUUUGAAUAUAAAUAUCCGCCGAACGAGAACGUCUUACAGCGUUACAACAAUGCAUCAUCAUUAUAUGUGGAAGAGGCCGUUGCAAUAAUGCGUCGUGUUUUAACAAGGUAUGGUAAUUACGAAAAAUUUGAAGCCGCGACUGGAGGUCGGCUGCUCACUCGGACAGAAAUUUGGAACACUGUUAAGCGCUACUUGGAGCGUGAAGGUUUCUUUGGUGAAAUAGUAGUAGACAUCAGCAACGACUUGCUUUCCCGGGCAGCAAUGACGAUAAAUGGUGGGCGACCGACACUCAGCAUCCGAGAAUCAUCGGCGAGAGAGUAUUGGGUUGAAGGACUAUUGCGUCAUGAAGUCGGCACUCAUCAUCUGCGAUUUCAUAAUAAUAGACAGCAAGUUUGGCACAAUUGUAACACACGGCGUCAGAUGGAAUUACAACCUGCUAAUCCCACCGAAGAAGGUCUAGCAAGUUUACACAGCGUUCUUCUUCGGAAGGAUCCAUCAUUAUGGAGAGCAGCUAUGUUAUAUUACGCGGUAUACAAAGCAUCUAAAUUAUCUUUUGUGCAACUAUUUGCCGACCUGGGUAAAUUUUUGGAUAGCCCCGAAGUGAGAUGGGAUUAUUGCCUGCGCACAAAACGAGGACAAACAGACACAUCUAAACCAGGUUGUUUCUGCAAAGAUCAAGUCUACCUAAAUGGGAUACUAGCUUUGUUACAGCGACGUAAAACUUUGGAUUUUCACAUGCUGUGCACUUUGGGUAAAGUAUCCCAUGAGGACAUCGAAAAACUUCGUGAAAACUGCAACAAGGAAGGAACGAAGAUACCGACGUUUAUGAAAGAUAUCGACGAAUAUCGAAGGAGGCUCGACUAUAUUGUAAACAUGAAUGGACUUGAUACAUUUUUGGAAGGCAUCUCGGAUAACGAUCGAAAUGACGGGGGUUCCUGACCACAUUAACUCACAAAUAUAUGUAACUACUACUUAAAAUAUUAUUUAGACAAUGUUCGAUGUUACAAUCUGAUGGAAAUCCGCUUAGAUACUUCCUACUGAAAAAUAUGAAACGGAUAUCUAUUAGGUAUAGGUUCUGUUGAGUGCUCUGGAUUUCAGUAAACAGUGCACAUCAAUACAAUGACCGUACCAAAUAAUCGCCGAGCAGCAACGUUUUCGUUAUGCAGCUGUCUACACGAUGCAGCGGUACGUUUUAUGUACCGUUUAUGUUCAAAAAGAGUUUUUAUUAGUUUCGUACUACCUGUUCCUGCUCGGUUACGAUAUUUAUUUGCUUCCAAAACAAUUAUAUUAUAACUUUUCUCAGUAUCACUAUUUUACUCCAUCUGUUUUCUCCCUUUUCUCUCUCUCCCAUCCAUCUCUCUCUUUUCAAAUUAUAUUUUCGUAUCCUAGUAAAUUAUGCAAUAUUGACUCUAUUAAAACAUUAGUACGGAGAUUCUAUGAAUUCACGUCCAAGUUGUACUGUUCUUUGAGACCAGUGAUGGCAU